UUUAUCGAAUUAUUAGCAAGUGAAAUGGAAAACCAAAAGCUUCCAACUUUAGAACUAGAAAAUCUCAGAACACCGAAAUUAUCCCAUGGCCCUGAAUUUUGGUACUGCUUCUCUACACCCAAAAAUCCAUUCACUGAAAAUUCGAUAUAAGAAACAUCCCUUGAAGCUCUAUGAAACUUCCACUCCAUCUCCAUCUUCUCUGAACGGAGCUGCUUUCUCUGAAGGAGCUGAAAGUAGAGUCACAGAGGAGGAAUCCCCUGCUUAUUAUGGAUCGUCAUCUUCUGCCAGGGUGCAACUGGAUCUGUUGGAGCAACUCACUUCUGGUGGCUCCUCUGUUAAUGGUUAUGAGAGUGAUGGUAGUUCUGAUAAACUGACUAUACGUAAUCAACUUGCCAAAUUGGUUGGAGAUCGUGAUGAUGAUUUCAGCGUUCCACUGGGUAAAAAUCUGAAGAAGUUUAGUGCCAAAUUUUUAACUAUUUCUCAGAGGAGAAAUAUCAAAAGACAGGCUUACUUGAAUGAAGUGUCUCGAAGGAAUGAUUCGGUUUUCUUUGCCACUAUUGGAGCAUUUGUCCUUUUUCCACCUCUUAUCAUUUUAGGAAUUGCUAUUGCAACUGGUUAUGUGCAGCUAUUUCCAUGAGAUAAACUCUGUACAUAUUGUAGAGAUAUCACAGUUCCUUGUAUUCAUAUAAUCAAAUUAGUCUGACAAUCAAAGGGCACAUUUUUGGAUAUACAGAUCCGUUAUGACCAUUGCAUGUAGCCAACAAUUUUGGUCAAUUAAUAGUUUGAUAUUAGAAAUUUUCUCAAA